AUGAUCCCAGCCACUCCAGAAGAAAUCUCGUACGGAGUCUACCUUGAUUCACAGCAUAAAUUGUGUUAUGUGAACUGUGCUCCCGCUCCAGCAAAGAAACGACGCCAACAAAAGAAAGAAGAAUCAACGCAAUCCGUGGAAACAAUCAAAAAAGAAAAAGAGCGCAAAAGUUUCUUGUCGCGACUUUUGAAAAAACUCCGACAC